UAUAUUUCGGGGGGGGGGCUUUCUAUAAUUUUCCAUAAGCAGAUGUGUUCAACAGCCUUGGAUGUCAAUGCUCAGACUCGCAGUUUCGUCAACGUUCGAGAAAAGGCGGAAGUGUCAACAUUUCAGGGUCUGUUUUUUCCUGAGAAGCAGCAGCACACUGGAGAGACCCGUCACAUGAUUGCAGUGAUAUGGAGGCGCAUUUCCUGAUAGCCUGAUUCGGACCUAAGUAAAACGGGGUCGAGUUUUCAUACCAUUAGCGUGACAUCGUGCCAUGGAGGGAUUAGAAGCCACAUCAGAGCUCCAGUCGCGGCUGUCAUCCCUCUCCUUCUCGUCUUUCCCCGGGGUAACAUCCAAGCAGAGCGACACCAGACCGCUGGACAGGCUCCAGAACACAGACCUUUCACAGAGCUGCAACCGAAUCCAAAACCAAGCUGAAAUGGAUGAAAACAAGGAGGAUUCAGUGCAACAUUCUGAGGGUAAUGAAGAGGCCCCAGCAGAGCGGGCCCCGGGGGAAGGAGAUGAGGAGGAGAACAACAGUGCUGGGAGCUGUCAGCUCUCCGCUGAGAUGAAAGCCCAGAUGCCACCCCUGAAACCCCCAACUACGUGGACAUCUGCUGCACUGAAGGAGCUGAAGGCAAAGCUUCGAACGGAGGAUGACAGCGUGGUGACAGUGUACCGAGGCGACAUCAUGACAGUUCACGUGCCCACUGUCCCUGAAGCCAAAAAAGUAUGCUGGGAGUUUGCCACAGAUGGUUAUGACAUUGGCUUCGGUAUAUAUUUCGACUGGAGUCCUGUCACAAGCCGCUCUAUCACUGUGCACAUCAGCGAGUCAAGUGAUGAUGAAGAAGAAGAGGAGGAGCUUGAAGCACCCGUCGGUAACGGAGAUGUUGAGAAAGGCUCCAAAACUCAAACCAACUCUAACCUGGCUGAAGUCUUACCUGUAUAUCGCCAGGACAGUCACGUGUCUGUCCAGGGGGGGAGCCACGAUUUUCCAGGUGAAGGCACUUACCUCCUGAAGUUUGACAACUCCUACUCACUAUGGCGAAAUAAAACCCUCUACUACAGAGUUUAUUACAGUGCCUAAGAUGCAAGUUUAUGAAUGUAUAAUUUACAAUCAAAUACUACUCUUAGGAUCGAUGAACUAUUUUUGAUUCCAAUGUUGGGGAACAAGAUGAAGUUAUAAUAUAGCAAAAGAUAAAAUAUAAGUAUAUCUAUUUUUAUCACUUUCAGCUUGUGUUGCCACAUGUUGAAUUUAUGAUCAGAUAGUUUUUAAUGCAACAUUUGCUCCAAUGUCUUGCUGAGAGAUAUUUGAAGAAGCCUUGCAUAUCAUGUGCCAUGUUCCUGUGUAUGCACUGUGUUAUUUAGUCAAGUGCCCGUCAUAAAACAUAUAUUGUCUUCAGCUGUAACAUUUCUAUGGUAGCAGUGAUCAGGGAACACCUGCACAGAAUAUAUUUCACAAAGACCGGUGCUUAAUCAGCAGUGCUCUAAACAUGUGUUUUUGUUGCCUGUGUGUGUGCAUACACCUUCUUUGAUUAUGUUGCUUUGAUGUUACAUGCAUUUAUCCUUCUGCUUUGUAUCGUAAUUUAUUUGUAUGUGUUUUAUUUAAUCACGUGAUAAUGAGGAAUAUUAUGAUAUAGUACAAAUCUGUGCACGGAGCCGUCUACUGUGUGGAGUAAAAAUAUAUAAGUUGAAUGUACUGAAGCAAGUGGUAACUGUUUUACAGUGUGCUUUUUAUGACACAAAUAAAAGCCAUCCUUAUCACAUAAAGCUCUUUAUUAUGUAAUAUAGAUUCAAUAUUUACAUUUGACUCCCUUAUAUUUGCUGUUUUGGAGGUAGGGAGCAGUUGUAAUACUUCUUCUUACUGUAUUUUGUCCACAGUUCUUUGUAAGAAAAUGUGAAAGUGUUUGUUUUUUUGCAUACUUUAGAAUGAUUAUGUUGCUUUGUUCCAAAUCGAUGCUGCCACACUCACUUGUGCACAUGUUCCCAAAGAUGGCACAGAUCUGGCUGCUAAUGGAGUGACGUUGUAAAGCAUCCGGUUUAAAGCUUCCCAUGUUUGCUUAUUCAACCUGUACUGUAAGUUAAGGUCACAUUUCUUCCUAAAAAUUUAUAUUCCACAAUAAAGACAAAAUUACGAUUUUC